AUGCGGUUCAGCAAGAAGGGUAAGCUAAGCCCGAGAUAUAUUGGACCUUAUGAGAUUCUUGUGAAAGUUGGGCUGAUGGCUUAUCGGUUGGCGCUUCCACCAUCCUUGGAUGGCGUGCACAACGUCUUCCAUGUGUCGAUGUUGCAGAAGUAUGUGCAUGACCCCAGUCAUAUUCUAUCUCAGGAACCACCAAAGCUGGCAGCGGAUAUGUCUUAUAAAGAACAGCCUGAGAAGAUUUUGGAUAGUAAAGUGGUGAAUCUCCGCAACCGACCCAUUCUUUAUGUGAAGGUGAAGUGGUGCAACCACACAGAAGAAGAAGCCUCCUGGGAAGUUGAAGUGGAAAUGCGAGCAGAGUAUCCGUCCCUUGGAUUCCUACAAGCUACGACAAUUUUGAGGAUGAAAUUUUUGUAA